AUGUUGAUGCAAUUGUUCCAUGUGCAGUUGGUGGAAUUCUUAACCCUAAUACAAUUCCACGUAUUAAAACAAAAAUUGUAUGUGGUGCAGCUAACAAUCAAUUAGGCGAUCUAUAUAAAGAUGAUAAAUUACUUGCUGAUAGAGGAAUUAUUUAUGUACCAGAUUUUUUGAUUAAUCGCAUGGGGAUUGUGAACUGUGCAGACGAAUCAGCAGGAUAUGUUGAUAACGAUCCUUUAUUUCAGAGACAUUUAGGAGAUUCUUGGGAGAACUCGAUUUUUAGGCGUACUCAAGAUAUUCUAAAAGAAUCUUCAAAAAGAGGUACAACACCACAACAAGUUACAGUUGAGUUAGCCGAGAAAAAAUCUUUUGAAUUAAAUCCAAUAUGGGGACAUCGUG